UCAUAGUUAGCCAUUACAUGGAAAUUCUCUGCUAUGUCAAAAUUCUGAAAAUAAGUUCUUCUGUGACAUGUUUUUUAAGCAUGAUAGAUAAUGAUUGUGACUGAUUGUACAAUGAAACCUAGUUCAUGUGAUACUUUUGCCGCUUUGCCACCUGGUACAAAACAGGAUUGCAUCGUUUUUGGAAAAAAUUCGGACCGUCCGUGUGAUGAAGUUCAAGAAGUUAUUUACGUUUCUGCUACCGAUCACGAUAUGCCAUCGAAAUUAAAAUGCACUUAUAUAGAAAUCGAUCAAGUGGAACAUACUCAUGCCGUAAUCCUCAGCAAGCCCGCUUGGAUGUGGGGGGCAGAAAUGGGGGCCAAUGAGCAUGGUGUUUGCAUUGGAAAUGAAGCAGUAUGGACAAAACUUUGCAGUGACAGUGACGCUGAUGAAAAAUUAUUAGGAAUGGAUCUCCUUCGUCUAGGAUUAGAACGUUCUAGCACAGCUAUUGAGGCUUUGAAAAUCAUUGUAUCACUGAUCGAAGCAUAUGGUAUGGGAGGCAAUUGCUCGGAAACUUUUAAAGAUUUUACUUAUCACAACAGCUUUCUAAUUGCUGAUCCCUCAGAAGUGUGGAUCUUAGAGUGUGCAGGAAGUGUCUGGGCUGCAGAAAACAUAAAGAGGGGUUUUCGAAACAUAUCGAACGAAUUAUCCAUUACUACUAACAUAGAUCUCAUGAGUGAUAAUUUGGAAGAAUUUGCUAAAGAUAAAGGUUUCUGGCAUCCCAAUAAUGGUCCCUUCAACUUUAAAAAAGCUUUUGGUCUUGAAGAAGAUGAGUUUGAAAGUCAUAGAUAUAGAUGUGGCAAGCGGUUGUUGGCCACUUCUUGUAACGGAUCAUUUUGCGAGACCGAUAUGAUUAAAAUUUUACGUGACAAACCGAGUGGGAUAUGCAUGUCUUCUGGAAGCUUCGUUUCAACCGGGAGUCAAGUUUCAGUACUCAGAAAAGAGGAGGCUGGUGCUAUUUCUUGCCAUUGGUUUACUGCUACUCCAGAUCCUUCUCGAUCUGUCUUCAAGCCAUUUGUUUUUACAGAAAAUAUUAGAUUUCCACCUGAGGUAUUUCAGGACAAUCAGUCAAAUAAUAGGAGACCUUCAUCUAGGAAACAUGAGCUUUACAAAAUGCAUGAGAAUUUUUAUGAGAGAGAAGAAUGUACGCCAGGUGUGCUGCUAGACCAGGUGAAUAAGUUGGAAUCGAAGUAUCUCCUCCUAGCCGAGAGUAUAGCUAAAGAAACUCAGUUCUUGAAUGAAAGUGCUGCAGGGCUCUUCAAAGAUGCAGUAAAAGAUGAGUUACAGUUAUAUUCAGGGUCUGAUAUGCAGUGAGGUCUAGUCCCUUCAAUCAAAACCUAAUUUUUGUAAACUUGUUUUUCUAUUACAAAAGCAAGGCAACUGGACAUAAAUAGUUGAAGAAAGAAUACUGUGCUCAGAGUGCCAGGCUUAGAUGUUCUUAAGCAGGCGUGGAUUACAUGCUUAAAGAGUAAUUAUACUGUGCAGUUUUAUUAUGAAUAAUAUACAACUUAAAAAAAAAAGUUAUCAAAUGAAGUAUGCAAUUGGAAUAUGAAAAGGAUAUUUGACAUUUUUAGAAGCAAUACUAUUUAUUAACUUCUUAAUAAGUAUAAAUAAGUUACUAAUUAUUAUUUUCCACAUAUCUAUUCAUUUGUUUUGCAUUGUUUGUUCAUUUUAGCAUAUUAAAAUUAUCAUUUUAUACAUAGAAACUUGAGAGGUGUUACUGCAGAUAUUUGAGGAACUAUAAUAGUUUAUGGUAAUAUAUAAUAUUUACAUUUGUAAAUGGUAGUUGACACUUUUGUCUCUGAAAUUUAAAUGCAUUUUACUUAUGAGGCAGUAAAUGCAGUGCAGUAGAGUCCCACAAACUCGACAUAAUGUAAAGUGAGAGACUUUCGAGUUUUACAGAAUAAGGGGUGGAUUUUUCAGAAUUCUUUUAAUAUUUAACCCUUAAAUGCAUGCAUUUUAUUUUUAUAAUGUUUAAAUUAAAAAAUUCUAAAAAUCGAAUAUUUUGAUCCUACGGACAAAUAAUAUGUGAAUUUAAAAAAAAAUUCUACUCUUGCCCAUUGAUCUGUGGGUGGUUGUACCACUUUUUCUAUCUGUCGAGCUAGUCAGCACUGGUAGUAAAUCCAGGCUCUCCUUCAAAUUCAUCUUUAAAUUUUACGGCUUUGUCUUGUAAAAUUGGCUCUUAAAUGGAUGUACUGUCCUCCCUCUGCUGCCUAAAACACAAAUAAAGCACUUCGCUCACUUUUUCUUUCCUUUAAACUAUCCAUGCCUGCUCUUUUACUUACCAAGACUCGAUUUUGGACCUCUUUUUUUUUUUUUCCAUCCUAUGAAAGCAGUCUGUCCAACACCUAAAUCCACGGUAAUUUUGUUUGCACUUUCCCCUUUGUUGAGUCUCUUUAUGGCAUCUAGUUUCAUUUACAUUGUCACAUUAGUUUUUCUUUUCAAAUCAUAUUUUCACUUGACAGAAUAUCGAAAGCUCCCAAAAAUAUGUAAGAGUUAUAUGCCUGGAUGUGAACUGAGGAAGGAUACCCGCAAUGAACUGGUGCGAGUUAAGUUUGCAAUAAGAUGCAGUCACAAAACUUCAGACAAGUCUAACAUUUUGUAACAAUAGAAAAGAAGUGAGCCAGCGACCAGCCGCUACCUGAUUUUCUUCGUGUCCUUGAAAGAAGCAAACAGCAUUGCCAAGUAAUACAACAUAUCUUGAAAUUUUUUAGGCAGUUCGAAAAAUUAAUGGCACAAUGCAAAAAUUACAGAAAAAAAAAAAAACACUCAAAUCCUUGAGCAGAAUAGGAAAGUCAUACACAUUUGAUCUGUUUGGCCUAGGGAUACCUUAAAAAAUUUCCUAAAAAGUUGUCGAGUGAUGUGGAAUGUCAAGAUAUUGCAAGUCGUUUGCGGGAUUCUACUAUAUAUUUUAAAUUUUCUGUUCUUUAGAGAUUCUUCAAUAACUUCAGAAUUUUUAAAUGCAUGUUUUAUAAGUUUUUUUUUAAAACCUCAUAGUUAACAGAGAGCAUUAUGAAUAGAUUUUCUGGGAAAAUACUCAGUAUGGAACAUAAAAACAGAAAUAAUUACUACAACCAAUAAGUAAUUGUUAGUCAUAUAAAAAUGCAGUGUAUUCAAUCAUAUUUUAUAUUUGAAAUUGUUAAAAGUCUCUUAAUUUAUUCUGGAAUGAAUUAUAAGUCGUACUCCUAUUUAUUUAUUUGAUUUGAAAGCCAUCAAGAGCAUAAGAUAGCUCUGUUUUCUUGAAGUUUUUUUCUAUAAAUGCUUCAUCAGUAAGAACCCAUGCACUCUUUCCAGGAGGAAAUCAGUAAGACAAAAUUCUUGCUGAGAAUUUUGCUCAGCUCCUAUCUAGAAAAAUGUUGUCAGUUCAUAGCUUGUCAUUACUCUCUUUAGAGGUAUAAUUGUUUUUCAAAAAUGAAUAUCAUAAUUUAGAAGUAACUGCAAUAUCUGAUUGUAUGCUAUCGUAAAUAAUUAUAUUAAAUGCUCUUUUCAGUUGACUGUUA